UGCCAGGCAGUAUGGUUGUUAGAUCCAAAAGAUGUUACACGUCAAAUGCAUGAGGAAUUCUACAGGUUUAUUUCCAACUCAUUCGAUGCUCCUCGUUACUCUUUACAUUAUAAAACUGAUGCCCCAAUCAACAUUCGUUGCGUGAUUUACGUGCCUGAAGGCAAGCCUGGAUUGUUCGAAAUGAGCCGUGAAACAGAUGUUGGAGUGGCGCUUUACAGUCGAAAAGUUUUGAUCAAAAACAGAGCUGACAACAUCGUACCAAAGUGGUUAAGAUUUGUCAAAGGGGUAGUUGACAGUGAGGACAUUCCUUUAAAUCUCAGCCGGGAGUUGUUGCAAGACAGUGCUUUAAUAAGAAAAAUACGAACUGUGAUCACGAACAGGCUCUUACGCUAUCUCCAAGAUCAAAUGAGGAAAGAUUCUGAAGGUUACGAUAAAUUUUUUAAUGAUUAUGGUUUAUUUCUUAAAGAAGGCAUAGUGUCGAGUCAAGAACAAGCAGAAAAGGAAGAAAUAGCCAAAUUAUUACGGUUUGAAUCAUCUUUAAAACCAGCAGGUGAAAGAGUUUCUCUCGCUGAAUAUUGCAGUCGCAUGAAAGAUGACCAGAAAGACAUCUAUUAUCUUGCUGCUCCUAGGUUGGUUUUACACUGUUUAGAGAGGUUCAGUCGG